AUGAUGAUCCCAAUUGCAGAUUACGUGAUAAGGAGGAAGAAACAGCCACCCAUAUCUUCUUAUGUGAAAUGUACUGAAGUGAAAAUGCUCUCAACAAUUGUAAAAUCGAUUCAAAAGGAGUUUUCAGUGUUAUUGGUGCUAAUUUUGACUUCCAAGUCAAACCAUGCUGUGAAAGUUAGCGAUUUCCUCAAUUUUGAAUACCUCCCGAGCACUAUUUUUCUCGAAGAGGCUGCGGUGGACGCUGCUUCCGACGACGUCCCGCUUCUGAACCUCACGACAGAUGGAGACGUGAAAGACGCUUUUAUGACUAUGCAGUAUCACAGGUCGAUGAUGAACGAGUACCUAUGCAGGAGUUACGUCGCCGACGAGAUAUUGACAGGAAUUUCUGAGAAAAACAUCGGGAGGCUCGGAGUUCCAGCAAAGAAGCAUAUGAACCACAAGAACCACAGGACUCAAGAUACUCUGCUUAACGACCAAGGAUCUUCUUCGUAUAAAAAUUGGCUUUCGAGGUCCACGUUGUUGGGUGACAUUUACCGCCAUUACGAUCAGAUGGGCGAUUCGGACGAAACCGGCCAAGGUUCUGAAGAGAUGGAAACCGGGGAGGUGACGGGCUACGCGGUGCAGAACUUCGGCAACACGAAGACCAUACCUUCGUCUCCUUACGGGCCGCCGAUAUUCGGGCCAGAUUUCGGUGGCGGUGAUGGUCACGGAGGAGGGGAAAUCCACUUUUCAGGAGGAUCUGGACAUGGUACGCCUGAAUACGGAGGAGGACAAUCCCAUGGACACGGAGCCGUAGGGGGAGAUGAACAUUAUUAUUACACAGAAGAACACUCUGGUAAAGGGCUCGCCCUUAAGGAUUUGUUCGAUUUAGCUUUAACUGCCUUGGCUUUCUUGGCGUUUGGACUGUUUGUAAUGAAUUUAAUCAUGAACUGUAUGAUCGGUAAUCAAGGUACAACGGUAGUAAUGCAAACGUCAGCAGGGACAGGGGAAGCGUCGACAGCAACUGGCACCAGGGUUCGAAGUAGCCGGUCGAUUUUGGAUGACGGAUAUUUAAACGAGAUGGCAUACAGAGUACUCAAUUCAAUUGACAACCUGACACAAUUAAACGAAGCUCGGACGACAGACUCAAGAGCCUGCUUGCAGUAUUCCCUCUGCCAGAAUAACAAAUACUCACGAACCCUUAACGGAAAGCACAAGAUGUGGUUGCCCAUUUGGAGUUUUGGAUUGAGUUGGCUUUCUGGAAAACUUGGAGAAGACAAACUUAGCAAUCUUCAAGCCUCGAUCCUUGGCCUGGGAAAUGCCAACUGUGCUAAAAUGUACGCAUCAUGUCCUCGCAGAAAAACACCAUAGGCACAAAUAUUUGCUAUUAUUAUAGUUAUUUGUACUACAAAAGUGUCUUCCAUGUAAAUCAGACCAACAAUUUUUUGUUAGAAAUAAAUAGAACAAUACUCAAUGC